AUGGUCACGGCGAGAUGUCAUCUUCAUUUCUACUCGGUUUGCUCGACAGGCUACGCUUUGAAACGACCUCGACAGAUAAUAGACACGGCGGCGUCACAGCGGCAGCACCCGUGGGUGUCGGUAUCGUGUCAUGAAACGUUUUGAUUAGAGCCGCCGGGCCGUGGGCGGGAAGAAGACGCCCCCGAGCGAAGUUAACUCUGACUUAUUUCAUCCCCGCACGUCGGAUGAGAGAAUCCGUCGUGAGUUUAAUCUCCCCGAGACAUGCCGAGUCGUGCGCAGCGCUCGGCCGUCGACAUGGAGAAUGUAUAAUAAUCAGGGUUCGUACGGUCAUGGAAAACCUGGAAAAGUCAUGGAAUUUUAAAAUGGUCAUUUCCAGGCCUGGAAAAGUCAUGGGAAAAACUUAAAUCGUAAAAGUUUUGGAAAAGUCAUGGAAACGUUGUUAUAAUCACAUGUUCAUUUACGCCGAGUUUGAAAUAAUUAACAUGUUUUUUAAAGUAAGACGCUCAAAAGCCGGCGUACGCUCUCAAUACGCACAAUCUUCUAAAUUGUUCAUGUUUAUUCCGAGAUUGAUCAUGGGAAUUUGGUUUAAAGUCCUGGAAAAGUCCUGGAAAUCCACUGGUCAAAAAGUGUAAGAACCCUGAAUAAUAUAUAUUUAUCUGUCUGAGCGAUCGGCCGCGUUACACAGCGUUUGGUCCUGUGCAAAAAGAGGAGGAUGAAUCAUUUGUGGUCCAGCCGUCAGACCCACUGUAACUUUCGUAUGUUUUUUUACCAUACAUGGUCAAACGGGGAGCACCUGGCCAACGACACGGUCAAGUUGAUGAUGAUGAUGAAGAAAAGCAUCGCUUCAGAGUGUGCGUCGGCCAAUCGCUCAGGACAGCUGGAGCGGAGCUGCAGGGUCCAUGGAGCCCAUUGGCUGAUGGACCCGUGUGGAGACACAUGCGUGGCGUAGAGUUCUGGCCGUCGGCCCAGUCGAGGCACGCGUUCACGGAAAAGGAGAAACUGUCUUGAUUCAGUAUUUUUACCUUUGCAUUGAAAAUGUGGAAGGUCGGUGAGCAGCCAUGACGAAGUCCUACGAGUUCAACUGGCAGAAGCAUUUGCCCGAGUUCAUGCAGGAGGGCGCCUCCUUCGACAGGUUUGACGAGGACCCGUACGUCUUUGAGCCCAACUGUCAGAUGAGGGUGGACGAGUACGGCUUUUUCAUCUGCUGGAAGGGUGACGGAAAGGAGGGCCAGGUCCUCGAGUGUUCCCUCAUCAACAGCAUCCGCGUUGGCGCCGUCCCAAAGGACCCCAAGAUCUUGUCGUCGUUCGAGUCCCUCAGGAAGACGGAGGCCGACUUGGAGGGCUGCAUCAUCUGCAUCUGCAGCGGCACGGACCUGGUCAACCUCAACUUCGUCUUCAUGUUGGCGGAGAACCCCGACACGGCCCGGAAUUGGAUCGAGGGUCUGCGCGCCGUGAUUCACAACUUUAAGGCCAACAACGUGUGUCCAAUGACCUGCCUCAAGAAACAUUGGAUGAGGAUGUGCUUCCUGACCAAUGUGAAUGGGAAGAUUCCUGUGAGAGGCAUCACUCGAACUUUUGCUUCCGGAAAAACGGAGAAGGGGAUCUUCCAGGCUCUGGGGGACCUCGGCCUUCCGAGCGGAAAGAACGACGAGAUCGAACCGUCCGAUUUCACCUACGCCAUCUUCUACGCGCUCACGCAGAAGAUCUGCCCUCGCACCGACAUCGAGGAACUCUUCAAGAACAUCAAUGGGAACAAAACUGAUUAUUUAACUGUAGACCAGUUAGUCAGCUUUCUGAAUGAAAACCAGCGCGACCCGAGGUUAAAUGAGAUCCUGUUCCCGUUCUACGACCCCAAGAGAGCCAUGCAGAUCAUCGAGAAGUACGAGAGGGAUGAAGAGCUGAAGAAGAAAGGCUGCAUGUCCAGUGACGGGUUCUGCCGGUACCUGAUGUCGGACGAGAACGCUCCGGUUUACCUGGACCGGCUAGAGCUGUACCAGGAAAUGGAACAGCCGCUGGCCCACUACUUCAUAAGCUCCUCCCACAACACGUACCUGAACGGCCGACAGUUUGGAGGAAAGUCUUCGGUGGAGAUGUACCGGCAGGUCCUGCUGUCCGGCUGCAGAUGUGUGGAGCUGGACUGCUGGGAUGGGAAAGGAGAGGACCAGGAGCCCAUCAUCACUCAUGGCAAGGCCAUGUGCACAGACAUCCUGUUCAAGGAUGUUAUCCAAGCCAUCAAAGAGACGGCGUUCGUGACCUCAGACUAUCCUGUUAUUCUGUCCUUUGAAAACCAUUGCAGUAAACCACAGCAGUACAAGAUGGCCAAGUAUUGUGAGGAGACCUUCGGGGACUUCCUCCUCAAACAGCCUCUGGAAAACUACCCGAUUGAGUCGGGGCGCCCCUUACCGUCUCCAAACGACCUCAGACGCAAAAUCCUCAUCAAAAACAAACGCUUGAAACCUGAAGUUGAACAGAAGCAGCUCGAGGCCUUUAAGAAACACAUGGAGGCCGGAGAGACCAACACCCCCGCCAUCAUUAUGGGAGAGGAGACUGAAGAGGACACAGAGAACGGUCCGCUAAGAGAGAAGGAUGCUGAGGAGAAGGAUGUGAAUUCAGUGGCCCCCAGCAGUCCGUCAGAGGCGACCACAGAGACCGAGGCCAGCCGUGUUUCCCAGAGUAACAACGCGGUAACGCACAACAACAACAACAGCAUCAAGAAGGCGCCCGACGACGACGCCACCGAGACGUCGGAAGCCACGGAAGCGACGACGGACGUCUCGGAAGCAUCCGAGCAAGACAACAGCAAGAAGGCCGUGGAGGAGCCGGAGGACUCUGAAGAGGCUCUGAUAGCUCAGUACACGUACGUAGGAGGCACCACCAACAUCCACCCGUGGCUCUCGGCGAUGGUCAACUACGCCCAGCCCGUCAAGUUCCAGAGCUUUGACGUGGCAGAGGAGCGGAACAUCCACCACAACAUGUCCUCCUUCAACGAGUCGGUCGGGCUGGGCUAUCUGAAGACCAACGCCAUCGAGUUCGUCAACUACAACAAGCGUCAGAUGAGCCGUAUCUACCCCAAAGGGGGCCGGGUGGACUCCAGUAAUUACAUGCCUCAGAUCUUCUGGAACGCAGGCUGCCAGAUGGUCUCGCUCAACUUCCAGACCCCAGAUCUGGCCAUGCAGCUGAACCAGGGGAAGUUCGAAUACAACGGCUCCUGCGGGUACCUGCUGAAGCCCGACUUCAUGCGGCGGUCAGACAGGACGUUUGACCCGUUCUCAGAGACGCCCGUGGACGGAGUCAUCGCUGCGACCUGCAGCGUGCAGGUGUUCUCUGGACAGUUCCUGUCGGACAAGAAGAUCGGCACGUACGUGGAGGUGGACAUGUACGGGCUGCCCACCGACACCAUCCGCAAGGAGUUCCGCACGCGCAUGGUGAUGAACAACGGCCUGAACCCCGCCUACAACGAGGAGCCCUUUGUGUUCAGAAAGGUGAUCCUCCCGGACUUGGCGGUGCUGCGCAUCGGCGUCUACGACGACAACAACAAGCUGAUUGGCCAGCGCCUGCUGCCCCUCGACGGCCUGCAGGCCGGCUACCGCCACAUCUCUCUGAGGAACGAGGGCAACAAGCCGCUGUCGCUGCCCACCAUCUUCUGCCAGAUCAUCCUGAAGACCUACGUGCCCGACGGCUUCGGCGCCAUAGUGGACGCUCUGUCGGACCCAAAGAAGUUCUUGACCAUCGCAGAAAAGCGACUCGACCAGAUGAAGGCGUUGGGGUUCGACACGAACGACAUCGCGGAUGUUCCCAGCGGGAGCUCAAAGAGCGACAAGAAGGGCAAAGGUCGAGGAGACACGGUGAAGGCCAGCGUGACGUCACAGGCCAGCUCCGACAUGGCCGCGGCCUCCAGCGCCGCCCAGAGCAACGCGGCGGAGGCCAAGAAGGAUAACGCUCUGGUGCCCAACGUCAGCAUCGAGGACCUCAAGCUCAUGAAGACGUACCUCAAACUGAUGAAGAAGCAACAGAAGGAGCUCAGCACUUUGAAGAAGAAUCAGUCCAAGGAUCAGAGCACGAUGCAGAAGGUCCACUGCAGCCAGGUGGACAAGCUGGUCACUCAGCACGAGAAGGAGAAGCUCAGCCAGGAGAAACUGUUGGAGAAAGCCGUGAAGAAAAGAGGGGAAAACAACUGCCAAGAGCUCAAGAAGGAAACCGAGGACAAGAGCCAGACUCUGACCGCCGACCACAAAGUCAAGGUGAAGGAGAUCACGGCUCAGCACACCAAGGAGUGGUCCGAGCUGGUCAGCAGCCACGGCGGCGAGGAGCAGGAGCUGAAGGACGGACACGUCGCGCAGCAGGGCGAGCACCUCAAGAAGCUGCUGACCAGCGUCCAGGAGCAGCAGGCGCUGCAGCUUAAGGGCAUCCACGAGCGGCAGAGCAAAGAGAUGCGCGCCAACCAGGCCAAGAUGUCCAUGGAGAACAGUAAAGCCAUCAGCCAGGACAAGUCCAUCAAGAACAAGGCAGAGAGAGAGAGGAGAGUACGAGAGUUAAACAGCAGCAACACCAAGAAGUUCCUGGAUGAGAGGAAGCGGCUGGCCAUGAAGCAUCAGAAGGAGAUGGAGCAGCUGGAGAAGAACCAGCGAGUCCAGUUGGAGAAGCUGGAGAAGGUCAACGAGCAGUAUUUGAAAUCACACCAUGCAAACAAACAUCUUCAAGGCCAGAGACAUGCAGCAGAUGGCGAAGAUGGAGGAAGCGAUGGACCGCAGACCAGCCACGGUGGUGUGAGCGAAUGAGACCAACACACACACACACACACACACAGGUGUAGGAACACGCCACCGCUGAUAGCCCUCUAAAACCCACAGACAUUAACCUGCCUCCAUCACUAUCAGUUCGUUUUUCGUUCUGACUCACACACACACACACACAGUAGCCCUCUGCACUUUUCCCCCACGCACUAACUAGAUACCACUGAGCCACUGGUGCUUCUCACUGUUCUACCGGGGGUCUAACCACUGAGAGAGUCUGACGUAUCCCUCCUCCACUGGAUGUAGAUUUAGAUUGUCUCUCACCUUCAAUGUUCACGACAUCCGUCAGGCAACACAAGCUGCAGCUAUUUACACACACAAGUUCACAGAAGGUGGAUUUUCAUUCUUACUUUGUUUUUUUAUUUCUUAAAAGAAGAAAAAAAGAAGUCUGUACUGGAGUCACGCUCCAGAGAUCGUGCGGACGAGGGGAGACGAGUGCGUUACACGAUUUAAUGUCACGUCGGCACAAAUGAAUAGAAGCUUUGUGAAAUACACUGUAUGCUACACACACACCAGUCCUGAACACUUUGUAUGUGAUAGGCCAUCAGACCAAUGUGGAACAUGUAGCAGUGCACUACUGUAGGCUGUCUGUAUUCAGAUUGUAUUUUAGAAGAAAAUCACUGUAUGAAGAAGAGUCACCUGUAGCUACAAUGACGAAGAUGUAUGAUGGACUUUUGUUGUUCAUGUAACAAGACAAAUAUAUAUAAAUUUAAAUAUAUAUA